UCUACCAAAUGAGAACCUUUCAGUUUCAGCUUCAGGGAUGAUGUGAAUGGUCUUGAAUAGUCUUGCAUGGCGAGCCAAAGAAUAGGAGAAACGGAUUUGUCUGAGUCACGGCCUUCAAGUCAUCAUGUCCCUUAUGGAGUUCUUCAUGGGAUUAAUACCCCACCAUCAAGCUUAAUGAACCAAGGAUCUGCUUUUGAUUUUGGAGAGCUGGAAGAGGCAAUUGUUCUACAAGGAAUAAAGAUAAGAAAUGAUGAAGCCAAAGCAUCUUUGUUUGCAGGCAAGCCUGCAGCUACACUGGAAAUGUUCCCUUCAUGGCCAAUGAGAUAUCAGCAAACUCCAAGAGGAGGUUCUAAUUCAGGAGGGGAAAGCUCUGAUUCAGGAUCAGGAAUGAACACUCUAUCAAGCAAAAUGGAGCUCCAAUUUGAAACAGAAUCUCCCAUGAAUAAAAAGGCAUCUUCUUCAGAUAAUCAUGCUUUUGAUCAGCAGCAACAACUGCUUCUUCAACAGCAACAGCAACACCAGUUUCAUCAGGAGACUAUAAUUGAUGCCUCAAGAACAGGACUAUCACAGAAUCAAUCAGCUGCCAAAUCACCACAGGAAAAGAGGAAGGGAACUGGUUCUGGUUCCACAUCAGAGAAGCCACUUGAUGCAAAGACACUGAGACGUUUAGCUCAAAACAGAGAAGCUGCAAGGAAAAGCCGUCUCAGGAAAAAGGCUUAUGUGCAGCAACUAGAAUCAAGUAGAUUAAAGCUCACCCACCUAGAACAAGAUCUUCAAAGAGCACGCUCUCAGGGACUGUUGGGUUGUGGUGGUGCUGGUGGAAAUAUGAGCUCAGGAGCUGCAAUGUUUGACAUGGAGUAUGCAAGGUGGUUAGAAGAUGACCACCGGCACAUGGCGGAGCUCCGGACGGGGCUGCAGGCGCCGCUAUCGGACAGUGAACUGAGAGUGAUGGUGGACGGAUAUCUGACUCAUUAUGAUGAGGUUUUCCGGCUGAAGGAGGUGGCUGCUAGAUCAGAUGUGUUUCACCUUAUUAAUGGCAUGUGGACUUCACCAGCUGAGCGAUGCUUCCUAUGGAUUGCUGGUUUUAGACCCUCAGAGCUCAUCACAAUGUUGGUACAACAAUUGGAGCCUUUAGCGGAGCAGCAAAUAAUGGGUAUAUAUGGGCUCAGGCACUCAUCACAGCAAGCAGAAGAGGCUCUAUCUCAAGGCCUUGAACAGCUCCACCACUCUCUGGUUGAAACCAUCGCCGGCGGUCCCGUCGUUGACGGUGUCCAACAGAUGGUCCUCGCCAUGAGCAAGCUUGCCAACCUUGAAGGAUUCGUCCGUCAGGCUGAUAAUUUGAGGCAGCAAACUCUUCACCAAUUAUGUCGAUUACUUACAAUUCGUCAAGCAGCACGAUGUUUCCUUGUGAUUGGAGAGUAUCAUGGCCGUCUUCGAGCCCUUAGUUCUCUUUGGGCAUCAAGACCAAGAGAGACCUUCAUCAGUGAUGAUAACUCAUGCCAAACAACCACGGAAUUGCAAAUGGUUCAUCCUUCACAGAAUCAUUUCUCAAGUUUCUGAAAUAUAUGUAAUCAUCGAAACUAAUAGCUGCUGCUGCAAGUGGAUUUCUUUGGGCUGCUUUAGAAGGAAAGGGUGUCAUCAGCUUCAUCAGGAAUAUAUAUAUAUUUAUUUAUUUUUCUUUUUUCAAUCUUC